AUGGCCCAUGUUUUUCUCAUCCGGCUGAUCCUGCUCUUGGCCUUGACCUUGGUCACCCACACCAAAGACAGCCGCCUGGGCCCCAGGUCUCGCCUGCGCUAUUCCAGGUUCCUAGACCCGUCCAAUGUCAUGUUCCUGCGCUGGGACUUUGACCAUGAGGCCGAGGUCAUCACGUUUGAGCUGAAGGUCCGCACAGCUGGUUGGGUGGGCCUGGGCGUGACGAAUCGCUACACCAACGUGGGAGGCGAUCUGGUGGUCGGCGGGGUCUUGCCCAACGGAAAUGUCUACUUCUCGGACCAGCACCUGGUAGAUGAGUACACCCUGGAGGAGGAUGGGAGCCAGGAUGCGGAGCUGCAGGGGCUCACGGAAGAUGCGGUCUACACCACCAUGCGCUACUCAAGGCCCUUCCGCUCCUGCGACCCUCAUGACCAGGACAUCUCGGUGGACACGGUACGGGUGCUGGCUGCGUACGGCCAGGACGACACGCUGACCCUGUCCCCGGAGCACAUCUUUGUCAAGUCCAUCUUCCUGCUGCAGAUGGUCCACCCCGACGACCUUGAAGUCCCCGAGGACACCCUUAUCCAUGACCUGGAGAUCACUGAUUUCCUCAUUCCGGAAGACGAUACCACCUACGCCUGCACCUUCCUCCCUCUGCCCAUCGUGAGCAAGAAGCACCACAUUCACAAGUUUGAGCCCAAACUCAUCUACCACAAUGAGACCAUGGUGCACCACAUUCUGGUGUAUGCCUGCGGCAAUGCCAGCGCCCUCCCCACCGGCAUCAGCGACUGCUAUGGGGCCGACCCAGCCUUCUCGCUCUGCUCCCAGGUCAUUGUGGGCUGGGCUGUUGGCGGCAUGAGCUACCAGUUCCCGGAUGACGUGGGGAUCUCCAUCGGGACCCCCCUGGACCCCCAGUGGAUCCGGCUAGAGAUUCACUACAGCAAUUUCCACAACCUCCAGGGCAUCUACGACUCCUCUGGGAUCCGUGUGUACUACAGCCCGCGGCUGCGCAAAUACGACAUGGGUGUGCUGCAGCUGGGCUUCUUCACCUUCCCCAUCCACUUCAUCCCCCCGGGUGCCGAGUCCUACCUGUCCUAUGGGCUGUGCAAGUCGGAGAAGUUCGAGGAGAUCAAUGGGGCCCCGGUGCCCGACAUCCAAGUGUUUGGCUACCUGCUGCAUACCCACCUGGCAGGCCGUGCCCUUCAGGCGGUGCAGUACAGAAAUGGAAAGCAGAUCAAGACCAUCUGCAAAGAUGACUCCUACGACUUCAAUCUACAGGAGACUCGGGAUUUACCCAAGCGCGUGGUGAUCAAGGCGGGAGACGACCUGCUGGUGGAGUGUCACUACCAGACGCUGGACCGAGACACCUUGACCUUUGGGGGUCCCAGCACCAUCAAUGAGAUGUGCCUCAUCUUCCUCUUCUACUAUCCCCGGAACAACAUCUCCAGCUGCAUGGGGUACCCCGACAUCAUCUCCGUGGCCCAUGAGAUGGGGGAGGAAGCAUCUGACCCCAUGGAGGGCAUGAUGGCGAUGAACAACAUUGAGUGGACCCCGGAGAACAUUAAGAAGGCCGAGAAAGCCUGCAAGGAGGCCCAGCAGAUUGUGGUCAUCAAGACCAUCGAUGAGGUGGUAGAGAACACCACAGGCCAGAUCCCCGACAUCGUGCCCACUCCGCGGGGUCCCUGCCUGGAGUCCACUGGAGGCAAGGUGGAGGCGCAGGAUAAGACCCCUGCGGGCUUCAGGGCCGCCCCCCUGACCCUCUCUAGCGCCAGCACUGCCUCCUCCGGGGGCUUCUCCCUGGCCACCCUCCUGUUUGCACAGGGAGCUCUCUCGUGGCUCUUUGCCAGCCUGCAGGCUAGAGACUGA